AUGUCCCGGCCUACGUGCCGAUUUCGCGUCCCGGCCUGCGUGUCAAUCUCGUUUCCUGGCUGGCGUGCCGAUCUUGUGUCCCGGUCUACGUGCCGAUCUCGUGUCCCGGUCUGCGUGCCGGUGCCUUAUCCCAAUAUGCGCAGCGGCUAUAAGCCUAAUUCUUCCCCCUGCCCUCUUCUCGAGGCGCACGGCCAUGAGCUCGCUCGCGGCCGCGUGAACCGCAAGCGACUUGCUAUCGCGCGCGGCCGCGGGCGACCUUGCGAUCGCGCGAGGGGCGUGGCCGUGGGCGACCGAGAAGACUUUGCGAUCGCGCGAGGCGAGCGGCUGUUGGCGACCGCGAGGGAUCACGCGGCGGCGAGGCGACCGCAGAAAACCUCGCGGCCGGGCGAGGCGACCGCAGAAGACCUCGCGGCCGGGCGAGGCGACCGCAGAAGACCUCGCGACUGGGCGAGGCGGACCUCGCGGCCGCAGAAGACCUCGCGGCCGCGGGCGCCCUUGCGAUCGCGCGAGGCGCGCGGUUGUUGGCGACCGCGAGGGACCACGCGGCAGGGCGAGGCGGCAGUAGGCGACCUCGCGGCCGGGCGAGGCGACCUCGCGGCCGGGCGAGGCGACCUCGCGGCCGGGCGAGGCGACCUCGCGGCCGGGCGAGGCGACCUCGCGGCCGGGCGAGGCGACCUCGCGGCAGGGCGAGGCGACCUCGCGGCCGGGCGAGGCGACCUCGCGGCAGGGCCGAGCGCGUCCUCGAGGACCUCGCGGCCGGGCGAUGCGUGGCCUCAGGUACCUGAGGAGGAAGAAGCCGCACAGACGAAGGAGCGUGUGUGCCUCAAGAAGCAUGCACGCGCUCCCCGGAGUCCUAUAUAAAGAUUCGUAAGCUUCGAGAAUUAGGAAAGGUGAGAAGCUGCGGGAGAAUGGCAACAUCUUCUCAUUGCCGCCAUUGUUUGUUAUUGAGAUAUGGACUAUGCAAAAUUUUACUAGCUAGCUAGCUAGCAAUGAGAAGAUUGCUGCUACAUCUUCUCGACAUGGGAACCUAAAUUUGAGGCUGAGAUGAAAAACAGAAGACUGAAUUAAGAAGCAGCUUCUCUGCUGGGUUCAAAGAUGAACUUUCAAGAUUUACAAGUGAUAUUCUUUUCUCGGAGCCUUACUAGAUUAAAAUCCAAAAGUUCCAAUUAUUCUCAAUUUCGUAUUGAGAUAAGAAUAUCAAAUAGAGAGAAGGAAGAUUACCAUUGGUUACACUCAAGAAGAUUAUUGGCACUAAAAAGUUCUAUCGGUUAAUUUGGUUUAACCAAUCUUUUUUGUUCACCCCUAACUAUGCCUUUCAAACCUGAACAAGAAUGCAAUGGUGAUAUGCUUCGGCUAGGACUUCCAAACUUGGACAAGAAUGCAAGGGUGAUAUGCAAAUUUAUUAACAAAGGAGAAAGGCAAAGAAUAAUAAGGAUGAAUGGAUGAGCAGGUAAGAAAAUCUUUUUUAAACAUUUUUUGUAAAGUCUAAUUGACUAAAAGAUGAUUUUCCUCGAUCCAUUAUGCUUAUGUCUCAAUUUUUGUAUAUUCAAUAUAAAUAUUUAAUGUUUUCUUUCUACAAAUUAUAUUUACGUCUAAGACGUAUCGACAGUCGAAGCUAAUUUUGUUGUCGUCGAUCCUUCA